GACUCGCACAGGUGCGAUUUAUCAGCGCAGGUGUUCAAUCCGUGUUUGUAUAAGUACUGAUAAGUCAGUGUGAUCAUGCACUCUAGUCUCAUUGUACCUCACAGCACGUCAUCACCUCUCUGUUCUGGAGUACUUAGGUUGCAAAGUAGCGGGGUGUCUGAAUCGUAACUACCAGCAAGCCGGACCAUGUCAAUGACGAUUAUCAUUGCAUGCACCCUUAUCAUUAUCUUAGCCAGCGUCUGGAUAGUGCAACAACGAUAUCAGGCCGCAAGGUGGUUGCCAUUACCCCCUGGACCACCUGGACGUUGGCUAUUAGGAAAUACGAUGCCAAAGUCAUAUGCACCCAUUCAAUUCGCGAGAUGGACAGAACAAUUCGGACCUGUGUUCUCGCUCAGACAAGGCCAUAGGAUUUUCGUGGUUAUAGGACGUCAUCAGGCUGCAAUGGAUAUCAUGGAAAAAGAGGGAGCAAAUCUUGCCGACCGACCGCGUUCUAUUGCAGUGCAUGAGACGUUGUCCGGCGGGUUGGGAGUGUUGCUUCAGGGCUCUGGUGAGAGAUUGCGCCGGGUGCGCAGGGCCUUGCAUGCAGGCCUGCAAUCCAAGGUUGCGGAGACCUACGAACCCAUCCAGACCAGGCAUGCGAAGAAUCUGAUUCUAGAUAUCUUGAAUGAUCCAAAGAACCACCAAGGUCAUGCCAUGCGUUAUUCAGCUUCGGUGGUCAUGUCCUUCACCUAUGGAAAACUUACUCCGACCUCAUAUACAGAUCCUGAAGUCGUUGCCGUCAAUGAGACUCUUGCGCAUUUUAGUCAAGCUAUGAAGCCGGGAGCAUACCUUGUGGAUACGUAUCCAAUACUGCGUUUCAUCCCAGGCUAUCUGAGUCAGCUGAAGGUAUGGCACAAGGAAGAACGUGCUCUCUAUGACAGGCAGUUGGACGCAGUGCGAACGCAGAUGCGUGAGGGGACUUCAAGUCCAUCCUUUGCGAGGUUCAUGUUAGAGCACCAGAAACAGUACCAGCUCGGAGAUGAGGAAGUGGCAUAUCUUGCAGGAGUAAUAUUUGGGGCCGCUUCUGAUACGACUGCAUCCGCAAUCACAAUGAUGAUGAUGGCUGCUGCCACUCAUACAGAUGCGCAGGCUCGCGUACAAGAGGAACUUGAUAAUAUCGUGGGGCGUACGCGGCUGCCGACAUUUGAUGAUCAGGAAAUGCUACCACAGGUUACUGCGUUCAUGCUUGAGAGUUUCAGGUGGAGACCUGUCACUCUUGGAGGCUUUGCGCAUCGUGCGACGAAGGACAUCAUUUGGAACAACUACCUCAUUCCUGCAGGUGCGACUGUGAUUGGCAACCAUUGGGCUAUCGCAAACGAUCCUGAAGUCUUCCCGGAACCACACAGGUUCAAUCCUCAGCGUUGGAUUGACGAUGCAGGUCGUGUGCGCAGUGAUCUCAAGUUUUUCACUUUUGGCUUUGGCCGUCGAGUAUGUCCUGGUCAACAUGUCGCGAAUCGGUCGGUCUUUAUCACCACGGCUCUCAUUCUAUGGGCUUUCCGCCUUUCGGAGAAUCCUGCAGCGAAGAUUGACACGCUUGCAUUCUCGGACACACCAACCAUACAUGCUGCUCCGUUUGAGCUAUGUUUUGCGAAGAGGAUCGAUGAGAAUGUGGUCAGGGAACUAUGCGCACCGGGCAAAUAAAAGACGUUUAUUCUAGAAACUUGAAUCUUUGUGCAAAGGAGUUCGUCCCGCGUUCUGGAGUCUUUUCGUUAUCUGUCCGACUCGGACUCCUUGUUACACCUGACUUCACAUAUCCUCAAACAGGCAUGACUAUAAUCAUCAACGGGUUUCGCCUAGUGUUACCACGCAUCGAGUAUCUCUCGAUACACCGCAAUACUCUCCAAGUUGCGUGGCUGAUUGUAACCUUUUGCCAUUCAAUCACUUCGCCACCCCACAUGCGGUUUCUU